GAGCACGCCGGGAUGAUGGAGAAUUUUUCCGCUCUCUUCGGCGGGGAGGAACCGCCUCCGUCGACCGCCGCCGCCGCGCUGGGGUUUGGCCCAGGGAAGCCGGGAGGGCCCGGGAGCGGAGCGCCCCCGGUGCCUGCGGCGACCGCCGCUGCAGAGGAAGCAGCGCGCAAAGCGUCGGCUGCCGGCCCUUUUUACCUCAUGCGCGAGUUACCAGGCACCACUGAAUUAACAGGAAGCACUAAUCUCAUCACCUACUAUAACCUGGAGCAUGCUUACAACAAGUUUUGUGGCAAAAAGGUGAAGGAGAAGCUCAGUAACUUCCUGCCUGACCUGCCAGGGAUGAUAGAUCUGCCAGGCUCUCAUGAUAACAGCAGCCUACGCUCGCUCAUUGAGAAGCCCCCUAUCUGUGGGAGCUCAUUCAACCCAAUAACCGGUACAAUGCUCACAGGUUUUCGUCUCCAUGCAGGCCCGCUGCCAGAGCAGUGUCGCUUAAUGCACAUCCAGCCACCUAAGAAAAAAAACAAGCACAAACACAAGCAGAGCCGUACUCAGGAUCCUGUCCCUCCAGAAACUCCUUCAGAUUCUGAUCACAAGAAAAAGAAGAAGAAAAAAGAGGAUGAUCCUGAGCGGAAACGGAAAAAAAAGGAUAAGAAGAAAAAGAAGAACCGGCAUAGCCCUGAGCACCCAGGUGUGGGCAGCUCUCAAGCCAGCAGCAGUAGCAGCCUCCGAUAAAGUCCUGCCAGAACAUAUGAUGGGGAGAGUGCUCCAGGAAGGUACUGAGAGCUUGCUGACAAAAGGAUGAGCGAUGAUGGCAGAGACACUGCUGACAUGUAUACUU